ACAAGUACAGAUAAGGGUGGGAGAAAAGAAUGCACAAAACAAAAAAAAUAAAAAAUGUAAGAGAGCAGAUUUUCUGAGGCCAUCAUUAAUUAAUUAGUUCUUGAGAAAAACUGUAGAAACAAUAAGGAAAAAAACAAAGAAAUUUUAUGGAGUCAUGCAUAAAUGUAAACGGUUGAGAUAUUGAAGAAAAUUGAUAAAAAAGAAUGUGGGGAUCGAAAGGGAAUGCAAUAAAGAAAGGAGAAGAUCAUGGUCUUGUGGCGGUUGCAAUUGACAAAGACAAAAGUAGUCAAUAUGCAAUUAGAUGGGCCAUUGAUCACCUUCUUGGUAAAGGUCGUCCUGUCGUCCUUAUUCAUGUCUCUAAUGGCUCAUCUUUUGCAGCGGGAAGUUCUGCCAUUAUAUCGACGUCAAGCCCCGCCUCAUCACCAAAUUCACAGCAUGUUGACCAACAAACAAAGGAUUUGUUUCGUACAUUCCGCUGCUUUUGUAUUCGCAAGGAUAUACGUUGCAUAGAUGUCACACUCAAAGAUAGCGACGUAGGCAGAGCUCUUAUAGAAUACGCCAACUACGCUGCAAUUGAAAAUUUGGUUCUUGGUGCAUCAAAGGGUGGAUUUAUCAGGAAAUUCAAGCUAUCAGAUAUACCAACUAUGGUGUCAAGAGGAGCACCUGAUUUUUGCAAUGUAUAUGUUAUCUCAAAGACAAAGAUUUCAAGUGUACGUAAUGCUUCAAGACCUGUUCCACAUACUUCCCCUCUUCAGUCCUACUUAGAAAGUUGUUCCAAAGAUAAAACAGACCCUUCCACACCUCGUGCAACAACGCCUGUACUCGCCACACCUACUGUCACCACGCCUGUCACAACACCCCCUAGACGUAGUCUCAGCAUACGAGGGGAAAGACCAUCAUACUCAUCAUCCACACAAUCAACAGAUGACAGGGAGAAUCUCAGGCCUGAUAGGAUACAUGAACGGCUUAUGUGUAGCGAUUUCCUAGAAUGUGAUACAGAUAUAUCCUUUGUCAGCUCUGAUCGGACUAGUGUUGAUCGCCUUUCAGUACAGUAUGACUUCAUGGAUCCAAUGAGAACCCCAAGACUUUCGACCAGUUCAGAUCACAGUUUUGGAUCAGUUCGUUUUGGACAAAAGAUGCAUGAUAGACCCGAAUUUUCAUUUGUGUCACAAGAAAGUGGACUCACUUCAGCUUCUUCAGCGCAUAGUGAAGACACAGAAGCUGAGAUCCGAAGGCUUAGGCUAGAGCUACGGCAAACAAUGGAGAUGUACAGUGAAGCCUGCAAAGAAGCAGUUGUUUCUAAAGAAAGAGAAAGACAACAAGCAAUGGAGCUUCACAGAAGGAGACUAGAAGAGGACAAGAAACUGGAAGAAACAGCAAGUCCUGAUGAAAUAGCAAUGGCGCUAGCAGAGAGACAGAAAGCGGAUCAGGAAGAAGCCAGGAAAAAAAACGAAGCAAAGUCAGAGUACGCACCAUCCCAUGGUGGUAUGUACAGGAAGUACUCCAUUGAAGAGAUUGAAACAGCUACAGAUAGGUUCUCUAAAUCUCUGAAAAUAGGAGAAGGAGGAUAUGGACCUGUGUUUAAGUGUUACCUUGAUCAUACAAGAGUUGCAGUUAAAGUUCUACGUCCAGAUGCCGCUCAAGGUAGAACGCAGUUCCAACAAGAGGUAGAAGUACUAAGUUGCAUCAGGCAUCCCAACAUGGUUCUACUUCUAGGUGCAUGCCCAGAAUACGGGUGCAUAGUUUACGAAUACAUGGCCAACGGUAGUUUAGAUGAUUGUUUAUUUCGUAGAGGAAAAACCCCACCUCUUUCUUGGCAAGUUAGGUUCCGAAUUGCAGCUGAUAUCGCAACAGGGCUGAACUUCCUGCAUCAAACAAAACCCGAACCGUUAGUUCAUCGAGACCUUAAACCCGGGAAUAUACUUCUCGACAGAUAUUUCGUAGCUAAGAUUGGUGAUGUUGGAUUAGCUAAGCUUGUUCCACCUUCAGUUGCAGAUCAUAUAACACAAUAUUGUAUAACAUCAGCUGCAGGGACUUUCUGUUAUAUUGAUCCAGAGUAUCAACAAACUGGUAUGCUUGGUGUUAAGUCUGAUGUUUAUUCAUUUGGGAUUGUGCUUUUACAAUUGUUAACUGCUAAACAACCGAUGGGUUUGGCUCACCAAGUUGAAGAUUCUAUUGAGAAAGAUAAAUUUGCUGACAUUUUGGAUAAAUCAGUGCUUGAUUGGCCUAUGGAACAAGCCUUAGUAAUGGCUAAGAUAGCUAUACGUUGCGCUGAGUUGAGACGUAAAGAUCGACCAGAACUUGGGAAUGAUGUGUUGCCUGAGCUCGAAAAAUUGAGAGACUUUGCUGAUGAAAGAUCACAGCCUUUUGUGUUUUUUGCUGGACCAGCUUAUUCUUCUGCUAAUCACAGUCAGACAUCUAUGUCACAGUUAAGUGAUUCCAACUUUUCAGCUCCAGGGAGCUCAAAGACUCUGUCAUCCUCACCAUCACCAAGAGUGUUUUCAUCAAAUGACGCAAAUCAAAGAGCUGGAGUAACGUGCAACUUCUGAAGGCCACAUAGUCAACUUACCCAAAUAAUUUCGCACAACCCGUAAUCAAAUUUGGUCUACUGAUGAAGCACUUGAAGAGUCCAAC